GUGGAGGUGGAUCUCUUUUCCCAGCAACACCGCUGCGGCCAGCUCCGGGGCUCAGUGCGCCAGAUGAAUUCGGAGCUCCAAGACCUUGAACUUGGAGAGGCUGAAGCGCAGCAAGACUCCCAGUGGGCUCCAUAUCUGGAGGCCGAAAUCCGCUGGCGUCAGGUGGAACUGAUGAAGAAACGCUUGGCCAGCAUGAUCCAGAGCCAAAGCUCCCGUGCUGAGGUCUUGGACAGUGCUGUGGCUGAGAUUCACCAAGACUUAGACCGCCGCGCCCAAGACAUUCUGCACCUGGCACAGCGGGCGCGUUUCGCACCGGAGAUCCGUGCUGACGUCCCCUUGGCCCAGCGCUUGGAGGUGGACGCGGUUCAGGCCGAGCUACAACAUCAACGCGAAGUCUUCGAGCUACGGCGGAGACAGGCCCAGGCCCUUGAAGGUCGCUUUGAAGAUGAGGCCAAGCCCAUGGCUCUCAAGGCCUGGAUUGACUGGGCCACACGAAGCUUGGAGUGCCACGAGGCAAGAGCUCCUGAGCGGACACGGCAAGCAGCACGCGACGUGCAGGAUAGAAAGCAAUACUUGGAGGAUGCCUGCGUUUCGGCCACCCGGGAUGCAGAUGCUGCAGCCAAGCGGGUGACCCACUUAGCACGGCAGCGCGAUGCUUUGCUGCGAGGGGUAGAGGAGGUGAGUAAAGAGGAGCGUCGCGCCAUAGGACGCCUGGAACAGGCGGAGGAGAAGCUGCGCCUGGACCGACGAAGGGCGGUGGAGACGACGCGGAAGGCCUUGAUGAAACGAGGUGAAGCUCGAAGCAAGGAGGAGCGCGACGCGGUGACGCUGGAGGCUCAAGAGAUGGUUGCCAUGGCGCGUGAGCGACAGAUUGCUGAGCUGCGGGAGCUCAGCGAAGAGUCGCAUUGCGUCCACUGGGAGACGAGCUGCGUCAGGGCGCAACUAGAGGCCAUGGAGGCGCAGGAAGGGACGGAGCAGAAGCCGUCGGACUCAGAGGCUCCGGUGGUUCCAGGCGAGGCACCUGCUGUGCCAACUGCGCGGCAAGGUGCUCCUCUCCGGCGCACGGCCGAGGUGCUCUACCGGGCAGGGGCUGGGAUGCCACAAAAUCCACAAAGUUUGUUGAAUUCCACCAUGGCCACCAUGGCGUGGUUCCUUGCUUUGACGCUCUCGCUGGGCGUGACAACUUCAACGCCUUUGCCAACGGUGCCGCGGCGUGUGGCCAGCGGAGACUGGGAGGAGGUCAUGCUGGCUUUGCGAACAGACGGAGCAGUGAUUGUGACUGGCUACGUCCUCGACAACUCGACCUCUUCAGAUUUUCGUGCCAUGGCGCAGCAGCUGCCCCACGAUCUCUUCAACGGCACGGCGGGACGUCCCUCGUUGUUUUCCAACGACGCGCCAGUGUCGGCGGUGCACGAAGAGUUGGAGGAAGCCAAAAAACGCGGGAAGUACUUGCCCGGAAGAUGCUUGACAAGAUGUUCUGAGGGGAACCCCCUCGAAGCUAUUGGCAUCGGCCUCGUUGACUUGCAACAUCUUGCAACAAAGGUCUACGGCGACGCGUUGCCGGACUUCAUCGCGCUGCUCUGCCAGGAGCCCUCGAGGGAAGGGGGCGGCAACACCUUGAUCGAUGGCCGGCGAUUCUUCGAAAGCCUGGACCCUGAGCUGGUUCGAUGGCUAGAACAGACCUCUGUGGAUCUCUCGGAAGGAGACCAAGGUAUUACCGCUGGACGCGCUGCGCAGGGGCCGGUGAUCCAGUACCAUGGUGAGCGCCUGAAAUGGCGGAGACAGAUCAACGUGGAAAAAGCCCAGCGCACCGACAGCUGGAAGCCUCUGGACCAUGCCCAGCGCGGUGAUCAGCACGAGACGUCAGCAUACCUGUCGCUGUGGAAGCCGCUGCCCAACGCUUCGGAACAGGAGGCUCAAGAAAUUCAGCAAAAGCUUGAGUUGGUCGAUCUCCAGCUGCAGAAGGCUACCGGGCUAGCGGAGCGAGAAGGCUUGUUCUACUUACGUUCCGGCGAGGCUCUAAUCUUGGAUAACUGGCGCUUGCUGCAUAGUCGCCAGCCCUACCAGGGCCAGAGCGCUCGAAAGAUGUGGCGCAUUUGGUCCUGGACUUCGGAGGGUUCGGGGCUGCCGGCGGACGGUGCCCAGACCUCCCAGCCGCUGAACGAUGCGGUCUUCGGCCGGUCGGCCGAGGCCGGCGCCGAGGCGACGGCCGCGGCGCUGCGGCGCCUCGCAGCGCAGCACGCGGCGCAGCAGGCGGAGCGGCUGCAGCGCCAGGAAGGGCUGCAGCAGCGCUUGGAGGAGGCGCAGGAGAGGCUGCGCAUUUGUCGGGAGAUGCAACACAGCGAAGCGCACCAAGCCUUGUAUCGAUACCGGCAAGAUGAAAGUGAGGUGGAACGACUUCAAUUGGAGAUGGCGGAAGCCUCUGCAGGCUCUUUGGAAUCUCCCGAGGCCUUUGAGCAGGCAGCUCCGAUGCCUGCGCUUCCGAGCGAGGAGUUUCUGCGCGAGGGAGCCGUCGUCUCCUGCGGAGUCACGGAGCCCAGUGCGUCACCUCGGAGUUCCGACUGUCGCGAGCGCUUCCCCGUGUGGGCGCAGGCAGCACCGGUUCCGAAGCUGGAACAGAAGGAGAUUCAGCUGUUUUACUCCCAGGUGCAUCCUCUUCAACUUGGCGUCCAGCUAAGAGCCGCCACCUCGCCGCAGCAGACCUUUGAGGAGAAGACGUUAGCGCUUAGUUCCGACUUCCAACGUUUGGAACUCUGGCCCUCGGUGCCUUUGUCCUACUUUGCCUAUCUAGAGAAGAUGGGAACCCCUCUGGAACGAUUGUUCUCCAAAAUCUUUGUGGCAGCACACGCCCCUGCAUGGGCAGUUUGUUCAGCACAAAGGCGGCGGCCACAACGACCAGACAGCCAACUAGUUCCGGCAGAGAUCUUGGCAGAUAUCCCUGAGGUUGUGGUUCCCACUUCCAGUUUGGUUUGCCAUUUGGUGCACUGGGUUUCCUCCAAGAACCGUGAAUGGCCCUAUCGGGUCAAGGCAGCCUGCUGCUUGCGGGAUUGGCUCAGCCCCCUCAACGAUGGGACCGUGCCAGUGGAGACGCUCCAAGUUUCCUCAAAUCACAGAAUGCCAGUCGAGAAUGGCCAGUGUAUGAUUGAUAGCUUAGAGAUGAAAAGCUUCACAGCACUACCAUGGUGGGUAACCUUCCGGAAUUUCAUGGACGCAAUGGCACAGGAAGAAGCAGGACUACCAGAGUCUAAAAAACUCAUCAAGGGCAAUGUUGCUAGCCUGACAGUAGGCGAGCUGAUUUCUUUGCUUGCACUUUGUGAUGAAGACCCUCUUUGCAUCAAUUGUUGCCACCGCCUUGGCCGACAAUGUGCGGCGUUGAUGUCUGAGCAUCUUUACAGGUAUGCUGAACACAGGGGGUCAAACACUAGUCUGGUGGAGCAACAAAAAAAAUCAAACGUUCUGCAUGGAGCAGUGAAAGAACAAGCGGUGUCUCUUGUCCAGUCUGGUGUCAAAACGUCACUGGAAGAUGCGCUGGAGCACAUGGGGUAUCGACGCGGGCUUGCAGCGAACAUUUACCAGGACUACCAAAGUGCAUUGCUUUAUCGCCAUCGAAUUGACUUUGAGGGUGCCCGAUACUUCCAGGUUUUGCUGGACGGAGGGAAUCCCAUGAAAAAGAAGGCUGUGUACUUCAUCUUGUGUCAGCUCAGCUUGCUGGCCAAUCAAGCUUCAUGUUUUUGUCGCAAUGCUUGCCUGCAAGUUGUGCAUCUUUGUGCACAGGCUCAACUAAUGUCAGUUAGUGACAUUGAGAAAUCCUUCUUUGUUACAGGCCAAGGAUCAGACAGUGACUUCACUGGAGGAGCUGCGGGGUUCGAGGAGAUUGAUAGCACGAUGAGGAGAAUGCUCCAAAACCGGGUUCCCCAUGAAUGCCACGUCUUUGGUGACAUACUGGACAUCUUUGGGGAUGGGAGGGCUGCCUACAACCACCUCAAUAGCAUUUCAUCUUACAGAGACAAGAUUGCUUGGGCAAACCAAGUUCCAACAAGUAAGACUGCAUGGUGCUUUCAACAUGAUCAGUACUGUGACCUCUUCACCGGUGCCACACUUCGAUGUGGCGGUUUCCCAUGUCAAGAUUUUAGCCAAGCAGGGAUGCAACAAGGAACUUCAGGAAAGCAAGCCCCAGUUGUGGCUGCGUUUGGUAGAAAAACGAAAGAGUUGGCGAAUCCGCUGUUAACAAUCGAGAAUGUUGACCGUUGCCCCACCGACGUCGUUCAUGAUACAUUCAGCUCUGAAUAUCAAUGGUAUUGUGAAGCUUGCUUUGAUCCAGCUGCAGUUGGCUUUGACUGCAUCAGAAGAUCCAGGCUGUAUAUGGGAGCUCUUCACGAAUCUUCCGCAACAUGCGUGAUUGACCCUGGCAUCCUGCUACAGCAUACUAUGCAUUGUAUCGGGCGGGACCCACCUUUGAAGCCAGGAAUGCUCAUGGUUGCUGGCACCAAUGACUUCUGGCAAGAUUGCUGGCACCUGACAAGUGGCGACAGUGGCCGGGGCAAGAGGUCUUCAGACCAGCUGCUUCUGGCUGCAGAACAAGCUAGACUGGAUAAUUACGUUUCCAAGUUCUGGGAGUUGCCCCACACAAACCGAUGUGAUUAUUCGGAUUUGGUAGUGCACUUAGGGGAUUCCCCAGCUACAGGUUGGGUGACGUGGAGCGCCCGACAUGGGGUAAUGCCCACAAUCAGAAGAACUGGGGGGCUGUACUAUGUUCCAUGUCUAGGCCGACACCUCACACUUCGAGAAAUGUAUUUGUCAAUGGGAUACCCUACCUAUGUUCAGUAUGUAGGUUACGAUGCAUCCCUUGCCUAUCGUGUUUUCACGCCACAAACAAGUUGGUGGGAUGCACGCAGAGCACUUGGCAACUCAAUGCAUGUUGCCCAGGUGGGGUGUUUUGUUGGAUCCCUUCUUUUGAGUUCCCGGUCGAAAGAAUCAGGGCUCCCAUUAAGCGAGCUCUUCCAAAUUAUGGACAGGAGCCUGUGGCAAUAG